AUAACACAAUCCAAUUGACAAGCGUUUCUGUUUUCGGACAAAACGGUGGAGGAAAAGAAAGGAAGAGCCCAAGUUAAGAAAUGGCUCGGAGUAUCUCCUACGUGACUGGCUCUCAGCUACUCUCUCUCAAACGCCGUCCUAAUAUGGCCAUCAUCGAUGUCAGGGAUGACGAGAGAAGUUACGACGGCCAUAUUGCUGGGUCUCUGCACUACGCGAGUGACACUUUUUCUGACAAGAUACCCAACCUUAUUCAAGAGGUGAAGGGGAAAGAUACCCUUGUUUUCCACUGCGCUCUCAGCCAGGUUCGUGGACCAACUUGUGCACGAAAGAUUGUCAAUUAUCUUGAGGAGAUGAAGGAAGAUUCAGGAAUAAAGAAUAUUUGGGUCCUGGAACGCGGCUUCAAUGGCUGGGAAGCUGCUGGUCGACCUGUUUGUCGCUGCACAGAUAUCCCCUGUAAGGACGAGAGUGCAUAGUUAUCAAUGGAAAGAACUCCUGGACAGGAAAGAACGAUGGUAUGUUGUUGGGGUCAUCUACUUACAAUCAGUUUACAGGGUGCAUGUCCAAACAAUAUAUUCACUUCGUAAUAUAGAAUUAUGUAAUUUGAUGAUGUUCCAGUUUCUACUCAGUACGUUUUAUCCUUUUUCUACUUAGUGAGUUAUUACGGGGAGAAGCCCACAAAUUCUAUUAUUGGAAGAAAAACAGUUUGCUGUUAACUACAGUGUAAUUUUCCUUCUGUUUCCAGGAUGUUAAAGGAGGAAUUUGCAUGUUUGGAUACCUUCUAAAUGGAGAACAGGAUACUCUAAAUUUCUUGGAUAGCAUCAA